AUGCAGCCGUAUCAGAGUCAGCUGUUCCAACAACACGUCUAUGAAGAGCAGGCAGCGCAGCAGCGGAAGCAUCAAGAGGCCGUAAAGGCUUUACGCCAUCUCCCAGCUAAAGAAGAGAGUCAAGGGAAACCCAGACCAGAAGAGAACCAAGGGGAACCCAGACCAGAAGAGAGCCAAGAGGAACCCGGACCAGAAGAGAGCCAUGGGGAAUCCAGGCCAGAAGAGAGCCAAGAGGAACCCAGGCCAGAGGAGACUAAAGGGGAAUCCAGACCAAAAGAGACCCGAGGGGAACCCAGACCAGAAGAAGGCCAAGGGGAACCCAGACCAGAAGAGAGCCAAGGGGAACCCAGACCAGAAGAGAACCAAGAGGAACCCAGACCAGAAGAGAGCCAUGGGGAAUUCAGGCCAGAAGAGAGCCAAGAGGAACCCAGGCCAGAGGAGACUAAAGGGGAAUCCAGACCAGAAGAAGGCCAAGGGGAACCCAGACCAGAAGAGAGCCAAGGGGAACCCAGGCCAGAACAGAACCAAGGGGAACCCAGACCAGAAGAGAUCCAAGGGGAAUCCAGACCAGAAGAGAACCAAGGGGAACCCAGCCCAGAAGAGAGCCAAGGAGAACCCAAACCAGAAGAGACCCAAGGGGAACCCAUGCCAGAAGAGAGCCAAGGGGAACCCAGACAAGAAGAGGGCCAAGAUGAGCUGGGACCAGAGGAAAACCCAGAGGAACUCAUGCUCUUAGAGAGCCAAGAGGCACCCAGACCAAAGCAGGCCUUAGCUGAGGAGACUGUGGAUAGUUCUCCAGAAGAAACUCAGUCAGUUCAGAAGGGCACCAAAGCUACACACCUUCUGACUGCAGCAAUGAUCAAAAAGUUGAUUGGAAAAGCCCAUGAGAUCCCUGACAUUGAGCAGCAGACACGUCUUGUCCAAAUGCUCCAAAAAGUGGAGAAUGGGGUUCGGAUCCCAGAGGGUAGUAACCUCACAGCCAAAGACCUCAAAGCCAUUGGGAAAGCUGCUGCCAAAAGCUUGCUGCAGGAGUGUGGCUCGGUCUCUGCUCUAUGUGAGAACAAUUUCACUGAGGAGACAAUGAAACUGAACCUGAACCUCCAACUCACAUAUUUCUUGGCCCAUCGUCCUCAGACUAAAACAACAUGCUUCUUUUCAAGACUAAAGAAGAGAGUCAAGGGGAACCCAGACCAGAAGAGAACCAAGGGGAACCCAGACCAGAAGAGAGCCAAGCGGAACCUAGACCAGAAGAGAGCCAAGGGGAACCCAAGCCAGAAGAGACCCAAGGGGAACCCAGGCCAGAAGAGAACCAAUGGGAACCCAGACCAGAAGAGAGCCAAGCAGAACCUAGACCAGAAGAGAGCCAAGGGGAACCCAAGCCCGAAGAGACCCAAGGGGAACCCAGGCCAGAAGAGAACCAAGAGGAACCCAGGCCAGAGGAGACUAAAGGGUAAUCCAGACCAAAAGAGACCCGAGGGGAACCCAGACCAGAAGAAGGCCAAGGGGAACCCAGACCAGAAGAGACCCAAGGGGAACCCAGGCCAGAAGAGAACCAAGAGGAACCCAGACCAGAAGAGAGCCAUGGGGAAUACAGGCCAGAAGAGAGCCAAGGGGAACCCAGGCCAGAGGAGACUAAAGGGGAAUCCAGACCAGAAGAAGGCCAAGGGGAACCCAGACCAGAAGAGAGCCAAGGGGAACCCAGGCCAGAACAGAACCAAGGGGAACCCAGACCAGAAGAGAUCCAAGGGGAAUCCAGACCAGAAGAGAACCAAGGGGAACCCAGCCCAGAAGAGAGCCAAGGAGAACCCAAACCAGAAGAGACCCAAGGGGAACCCAUGCCAGAAGAGAGCCAAGGGGAACCCAGACAAGAAGAGGGCCAAGAUGAGCUGGGACCAGAGGAAAACCCAGAGGAACUCAUGCUCUUAG